UGAGUCAAGCUUCUACUUCGUAUCAGGAGGAGUCUUUGGAAUCAAAGAUCAACAGAAUCAGCGAGAUGGUGGGAGAUAAUUUAAGGAUCAUGAACGAUCGUUUGUGUUUGAUUGAAAAAGACAGGAAACAGAUUAAAGAACGUGUGACAAACCUAGAGAAACUACAAAGAGUUACUUCAUAUGAAACUCCAAACAAUGAGGUAACUUUUUUUUCGGAAAUUAAAAUUAAUGUUUAUCUAGUUCUUGAUUCAGUUUUGAGUUGUCAAGUAAUUUUGGAAGAUGUUAUACAUAUUUAGGCUUGCCUUCCUAAUUUUUGUUGUACUUGCACAGACUGACACAACUCCAUUUCAUGAGACGGCUUCCAGACAAGGUGAAGCCAAUGCAGAUCAAGCAGAUGAACAACUUAACAAUGAGGCAAGUAUAAUUUUGAAAACUGUUGGUAUUUAUAAAAUUAUGAAUUUGGUACGUGUUCAUAAUCCCAUUCCUGACAUCAGGAUACACGAGAGCCUAUGAAUGAGAUCACGAAAGAGACACCUGGUUCUCCAAUAGCUCAACAGAAUAUUGAGACUCCAGUCCUUACUCCAAUUCAGACGCAGCAGGAGACUCACGAGCUUAUGAAUGAGAUCAUUUCACCAAACAUUUCCGACACACAGCCAAAUACCCGAGCUCGCAGAAAUCUUUUAACAGAGCAAAAUAAGGAUGUAGAAAGCAGAGUUCAAAAUCCCUUUGAGAUCGGAGCAAAUGUGGAGAUUUCAUCACAAGAUGACAAUACUUGUCAUAAAUGGUAUCCAGGAAAUGUGUUGGCAACAUAUUUGGUUGAUGGGGUUGAGAUGGUGAAAGUUGAGUACUUCGUCCCGUCUCUGGACGAAAAGAAGAGGAAAAGGAGUGUUGAGACACGUGUAUCAAUUGACAGAAUACGUCCUCAACCACCACCUGAGAGAUCUGGAGCGAAGAAAAGUUAUGAGCUAAUGCAGGACGUGGAGGCGUUCGACAAUGGUGCCUGGUGCGCUGGAAAAGUUAAAGUCAUUUUGUUUGAUGGCUCGUGUUUUGUCUCUUUGAACAAUUCUAAAGAACAAAUUUACUUCCACCAUUCUGAGAUGCGAAAACCAAGAAAAUGGGUAGAUGGUGUUUGGGAGAUGACAAAAAAGAUGGAAGAAGAGCAGACGCAGAGUGUGAAUCCAAGUGAAGGAGAUGGUGAUAAAAAGGUAUGAAAUAUUUAUACAUCAUACUAGGAAUUAAGAUAUAAAUGUAUCUGAAUUUUUGUCAUUCAAAAAGGGGAAGGCGAAGGCUGUCGCUUGUAAGAAAAAUGAAGCAGCUGGUCCAUCAGAAGAUGUUGUUGGGAAAAUGGCAAAAGAGGUAAUAAAAAUGAAUAAGAUCCACUUGAAUUGAAGUUCAGGUCAAUAGUUUGAUAUAUCGGUUUUGUUUCACAGAUGGAAGUAAAGCAGGGUAAGAGUGUGAAACCAAGUCAAGACGAUCAUGCAAAAAAGGUAUAAAAAAUAUUUUUACUUCAUAUUAGGAAGGCAUUCAAGUAUAAAGAUAAAAACGAUCCUGAAUUUUUGUCUUUAUUUUUAAUUAAAGGGGAAGCCACAUGUUGGUAAGAAGAAGAAAGCAAAUGCUCAGCCAGUAGAUUUGCUUCCUUUUCUACAGCGAGAAGAGAAGAGGCCAAUACGACCUAGAAACCCUCCUAUACCUGUAACACCUGAGGUAAUCCUUCCAAUUGAUCCAUUUGUGACACCUGAAUUUCCUCGGUUUUCAAGGCUUGCACACUGGAUGGAUCUACGGGGCAUAUAUCGUGUGUAAGCAACUUUUUGUCCUCGCAUAAAUAUUCCUAAUUUAUUUUGUAAAAGUUUCGAUUGAUACUAGUUAAUUUUAUCAACUACAGACCGUUUUAUAUCAAUGGAAAAGAAAUUGAAAAAGAGUUCUUUCAAAAAAUGGACGAUGCAGAAAAAAAUCUCAACAAAGAGGUAAUCAACACUCUGUUCUGUCUUCUAUUUGAUUGUGUCAUAUGUUUAGGAAGAGGUUGAGUUGAGCUAUGCUAGAUGUCCAUGUUAUAGCAGUUCUAUAUGAAGUUUCUAACUAUAUUGUUACAUUGGCAGCACAUAAAUGUUGCAUUUGAAAUGCUAAAUUGUAAGAGGGUUGAGCAAGGUGCUUGGUUCCGCAACAACAAUCUUCCAGCAGCAUGCUUUG